AUGCCCACCAACGCCCCCCAACCCCGCCCCAACCCCUGCCCCAGCGCCCACCAACCCCGCCCCAACGCCCACCAACCCCGCCCCAACCCCUGCCCCAACGCCCACCAACCUCGCACCAACCCCGCCCCAACGCCUACCAACCCCCCCAACCCCGCCCCAACGCCCACCAACCCCGUCCCAACCCCCACCAACCCCGCCCCAAUGCCCACCAACGCCCCCCAACCCCGCCCCAACCCUCGCCCCAGCGCCCACCAACGCCCACCAACCCCGCCCCAACGCCCACCAACCCCGUCCCAACCCCACCCCAACGCCCACCAACCCCGCCCCAACGCCCCACGCCCACCAACCCCGCCCCAACGCCCACCAACCCCGCCCCAACGCCCACCAACCCCGCCCCAACGGACGUGCAACAACAGAGCUGAAGAUUUCCUUCAGGACACCACCACACCUUCACCCUCGAACGACAACCCUGCAGUGUCAACCAGAAGCGAUGCCCACCAAGAAGCGAAGGAAGACCAACGGCCCAAGCCUGACGAAAAAUGUCAGGAUAAAGAAGUAAGAAGAGCUGUGAAGUCAGGAGACCGACGAAUGACGACCCAAGAAUGA